AUGAAGUUCAGAACUUGUCUAGCUGUUCUGAUCGUUAACUUCGCAGUCGUGGUCUAUCUAUAUCGAUUAUGGCCCUUCCAGAAUCUAACGGAGGAUGUUUACCAGAAGCUAGCCUUCUCCGCACUGUUGGUAGUGGCCAUCCUGCUAUUGUGGUCAACGCUACCCCGGCCCAGGGUCGAUCCAAGAGGGAAAGCUGUUUUUAUUACAGGUUGUGACAGCGGUUUUGGCAGAGAAUUGGCGGAACGGCUGGAUCACAUGGGAUAUCACGUGUUUGCCGGCUGCUUGGCUCCAGACCGCGAGGGAGCGCGAGAUUUGAAGAAGUCUACCUCAGAUCGGCUGAAGAUUGUACCCAUUGACGUCACAGAUGACUUCCAGGUAUCCCAGGCUGUCAGAUACGUCAAGAACAACCUUGGAGAUAACCAGCUGUGGGCAGUUGUCAACAACGCAGGAGUUGCUGUAUUCUGUGAGAUCGAGUGGUGCUCGGUACAGGAGUUCCAAAAAAUUAUGGACGUCAACGUUUUUGGGAUUGUCAGAGUCACCAAAGCCUUCCUGCCCUUACUGCGUCAGUCGGAGGGCAGAGUCAUCAAUGUCGCUAGCUUAGCUGGUCGCUUUACUCUGCCAGCGUUCGCCGCCUACUCCAUGUCAAAGAAAGCAUGCAUCGCCUUCUCCGACGCGUUGAGACAAGAGAUGAACAAGUUUAACAUCUCUGUGGUGACUAUCGAGCCAGGCCUUUACAAAACUCCGAUCACCCAUGAGGGUUAUCUGAUAGACCACAAUAAGAAAUCCUGGAGCGAAACUCCAACGGAAGUGCGGGCAGAUUACGGUGAAGAAUACUUUGAUGUCUUCCUGCAGCAGGUGUCUCUUAGUCUCAAACAAGCUCGACCCAAUGUGCAAGAGGUUGUUGACAACAUGGUGGAGGCGGUCUGCGCCCAGAGACCCAUAUAUCGCUAUGUACCUUACUGGAGGUUUCAACUGAGGGCUUUCAUCAUCGGCUCACUGCCCACCUUUCUGUCGGACAAACUUUUCGCAGCAAGGUUCAAAAUGACAGAGCCCGUGUCGAGAAAGAACAGAAGUCCAAAGACUCCACCCAGCCCUCUGUCAAACUGGAUUAGACUGCAUAGAUCUUGGUCCAAACAGAGUUAA